AACAACCGGCCGUGUGGUCGGUGGGAAUAAAAGUAUAAACAACCAGACCGGCCUUUCGUGGAUGAGUUUUUCAGUGCGCCAUAUGUAUUGUUGUAAACUUUCUUGAUUUGACGAGGAGCAGAUAAGCUAUAUAAGAUUGGAAUGACGAGUGUUUGUUGUAGGUGUGCUGAGACAGCUAGCAUGCUUUGUGGCUGUGGAAUAGUUUGUGGAGAGUGCCGCAGAAGGGGGUUUCUAAGCCAACAGCCAGGCGAAGGAAGUCAGUCUUCCAGGAAAUUUGUCUGUCCAGACUGCAAGGAGGACAUUACAUUGCACGUCGAACUUCAUGCAGAUGUCCAAGCUGAAGAGGUGAAACCAGAUGAAGGACCACGUAUAUGUCCUUAUAAAUGUUAUGGAUGCACUUUCUGGGGAACUCCCCCAGAAAUAGAUCAACAUGUUGGGUACAAUUGUGCAGGCAAGGUGUUAACUGAUCGGAUGUGGCAGCUUGAGCAGAUGAAGAUGCAGCUAUCUCAGCAUUAUGAUGAUGUAGGUACGCAUGGUUAUGGUCGCUAAGAGUAUUUAAAACUAGUGGACAGGUUUUGUUGAUAGUCUUUAUCCUGCAAUAUAGUCUUUCCAUGCGGUUCUUGGACCGCUGUGGUUCACGGUGUACACCUACCCAGUUCAUAGCAUCAUCUUGAAACACAAACUGAACUAUCAUGUAUAUGCUGAUGACACUCAGUUGUAUUUCUCUUUUAAACCAUCCAAACAUUUUGCUGAUGAGAGCAUCAGUCGUAUUGAAACGUGUGUUGGUGAAAUACGUGUUUGGAUGCAAGACAAUUUCCUUAAACUUAAAUCCAU